AUGGAGCCUGAUACGACGGCAAAAACACAAGUAUCGUCACAUGAACAGCCACCACCUUACCAAGCAUCUCAGCAACAAGGUUUCGUAUUAAUUAUCGCGUAUUAUCGCAGUUUAUAUAGAAAAAUAUGAACUACAUUUCAUGAUAUCCGGGUUAAUAUAUGUUAACGCCAUUAAUCUAUCGAACAUCAAUUGCCUAUACGUUAGCUGCCAACUUCACUUAUUUUUCAACUAUAUAUAAGCUAAAGCACAUGUUAAAUGUAUAUCGAGUGGGUUUUGAGAACUGUUCUGACACUCAGCUGGGCAUUUCAUGAUCAAUUCGGGUAAAUUACAUUUUAAAAAAUUAAGAACUCGCAAAAUUCACGCAAAAGCAAUAGGCUAGUCUACUUUACUGUGCGAUCACUCAGUGUCUAUAGGCGGGCUAAAACGAGCUAAUAAUUAGCAAAUGUUACUAAACAAGUUAGGGUCUACUGCACCCUUCUUGACCUUCAUCAAAUAUAUUAACUUGAUCUAUUCUACGACUACGUAUACUUUGCUACGUCGUUUCCUGUUUUUAAUUGCUGUCGUUUAUUUAACCGUAGGGAACAUUGUAUUAGUUGAAUGGGUUAACCUAAUAUUACUAAGAACUAAACAAGUAAAAUUAUCUCGCACUUAAAAAGUACUCUUUCUAUUGAUAAUAUUAAUCCACAUCAAAAAGGGGCCAGGCAGGGGGGGAGGAGGAUGGGGCAGGCCAACGGACCUAAAUUGAUUAUAAAUUAUAUUACAACUCCCCAAAGUUCUUUGUCAGGUUAAACAUUUCCUUGACUGCUUUUCCCAUUAUAUUGCAGUGGUUUAUCCACCGUCAGCCCAACACAAUGUUACCACCAAUACGACCAUCGUUGCCCAACCCACAGUAGUGCCAAUCAUGGCAACAAUGUUGUUUGGACCUAUGCCAGUGGGUAUGACCUGUCCUCAUUGUCAGGCACAGAUUGUGACAAGUACAAGCUAUGAGCCAGGAAUGCUGACUUGGCUGUUUUGUGGUGGAAUUGCUGUUGUUGGGUAGGUACUUUGGUAGAGACUUAAUUGUCACAUCAUCCUUCUUGGACAAGAGGGAAUGGAAAAGCGGCAGCAGUGGCGUGAAUUAACCAAACUAUCUCCCCAUAAUCCACGUUCUCUUGUUACCCACUUAGCACCGUCAGCUCAACAAAACAGGAUCAUUCGCACUGCUUGUUCCCAGUUAUUGACAAGUCUGGACUCUGGAACAAGUUGUUAGUAUCUUGUAAUAAGAUUGAUGAAGCCAACAGACUCGCAAUAAGUUGUUCCAACAAGUCCGAUAUCGUCUGCAUAAAAGUUGUUAAAAAGUUGAUGACAACAAGCUGGUAGCAACCUGAUAUUAAUCUUGUUGGAACAACUUGUAGCAAGUCUGUUACCGUCCGAUCAACCUUGUAACACGGUGAUAACAACUUGAGUUUCAGACUUGUCACAACACUACUGGGAACAAGCUGUACAAUGGACAACUUGCAUGUUAGACUAAAUUUUAAUCUAAGUAAAGAGAAGGGAAUCAAACACAACAGUUAAAAAGAACAUUAUGAAAUUAGUAAAAUUGCAAAAUUUGGUUGCAAAAUGUUGUAAAAUGCAGAAAAUAUGGCCUUGCGAAGUUUGCAUAUUUUCAGUAUAUUUGUAAGUUCUUUACAGGAAUUUACUUUUUUUUUCCCAAGUCAAAAAUUAGUCUAACAUGCAAGUCGUCUAUUAAGCGGCAGUGCAAACACGUCCUGGUAUCGGUUUGCAGAUCUGUAAAACAACUUGUGCGUUUUUAUGUGUGUAGACGAUUUUAUUCAUCAAGAGAAGUGGGGCAUUUAUAGGGUUAACAAGCAGACUAUGUCUCAUUUAACUGCAAUACAUGCAGCAAAGACAUGUGUGAAAAGUAAACUUUGAAUACUUUAUACAAGGAAUUGCAACUAUUUUUCCCUCCAUUUCCCUAGGUGUUGGCUUGGUUGCUGCUUCAUUCCAUUCUGUAUAGAUGAUUUGAAAGACUGUCGUCACACAUGUCCAAACUGCAAGAACUUCCUAGGAGUUUACCGCCGUAUAUAG